AUGUGUAGUGAAGCCUCAAAAGUACUUCUUGCUGAAACAUGGUCAGAAGAUGUAGAUCCAACCGGCUGGUGGAUGAGUGAAAAACUUGACGGUGUUAGGGCAUAUUGGAACGGAAAGAAUUUUUAUUCUCGUCAAGGCAAUCUUUUUCAUGCUCCGGAUUUUUUCAAAGCUGCUCUACCAAAAGUACCACUUGAUGGAGAAAUCUGGUGUGGUCGCGGUUUAUUUCAAAAAUGUAUUAGUAUUAUUAAAAAACAAGCAGAUAAAGUCGUUCCGGAUGAUUAUAAACUUUUGACAUAUUUAAUAUUCGAUGCACCCAGUCAUGGCGGUAAAUAUGAGGAUCGUGUUAAAUGGUUACAAGCUAAUAUUCCUCAAGAUGAUGAUAAAUGUUUUGCGACAGUAGUUGGCAUAAAAAAAUGUGAAGGCUUAGCACAACUCAAACAAUGUUUAGCUGAUGUAAAUAAAGCUGGUGGAGAAGGCAUUAUGCUUCGCAAACCCGGCAGUCUGUAUGAACACAAACGUUCAACAACAUUACUCAAAGUGAAAACUUUCUAUGACGAAGAAGCACUUAUUAUUGGGCACAAACCUAGUAAAAGUCUAGUGGGAAUGGUUGGUGCACUUCAGUGUGAGCUUCCCAAUGGAAAACAAUUCGAUGUUGGCAGCGGACUUACUAUGGAUCAACGUCGAAAAGCACCGAAAAUAGGCUCGGUUAUAACAUUUAAAUUUCAAGAACUAUCAAAUAAUGGUCAUCCAAGAUUUCCUGUUUUUCUUCGAGUUCGCACGGACUUAACAUGGAAUGAUGUACUCGAAGCAGCUAAAACAAAAAAACCAAUGAGUGUCAUACAAAAAAUAAUACCGUCAACAAAGUUAUCUAAACAACAUUCUAUAUUAUUUUCUGUCAUUCCAUCGCGCGAUGUCAGUACAGGAAAAAAAAUAGUUACGUCUGAUGAUGAAGAUGAUGAUGCACCAACCACAGCAGCAGCAGCAGCAGCAGGAGCAACAACAACAACAAAACCUUCAGAUACACGAAAGAUAUGUCAAUACGGUGCUAAAUGUUAUCGAACAAAUGCUGAUCAUUUUAAACAAUUUCAACAUCCACCAUCGAAAACUGCCACUAAAACAACUGAAACUGAAUCAAAAGCAAAACCAAUGUGUACAUUUGGUACCAAAUGUUAUCGUACAAGUUCAGCGCAUCUAGCCAUGUAUUCACAUACAGCAAAAGAUGAAACCGAAGAAGAAAUUCUGGAUACUCGGGAUUUAAUCGAACCUGAUGAGCCAGCAUCGCCAACGGCAAUUGAUGCUGUUUUAGUGAAAGAUAAAAACAAAGGUCUUACAUUCGAUGAUGACGAUAGUAAUGACAAUCAAGAUCAAGAAAUGAUUUCACGACCGAAAAAAGAAUGGAUAGAACUAGAAAACAAGUUGACCGAACAAAGUAAACGUCUAGCUCAUCUCGAAGAAAUGUUCAAAACAACGAAACGAUCAUUAUCAACGAACGAUGAUGCAAAUGAUGGCAAACGUCUUAAAACAGAUUAA